AUGGAGAACGCGUCGACGUUCAUGUUUGAACUCUCGGGUUUAAACGAUUCUCUCACAAACCGCGGCGUUUACUUCGGCGUGGCGCUCACGUCGUACGCCGUCACCGUCUUCUUCAACCUGAGCCUGGUGGUGACCAUCGCGUGGGAGAAGACGCUGCAUCAGCCCAUGUACGUGUUCUUAGCAAACAUCUGCAUCAACGGCAUCUGCGGCGCGUCCAGCUUCUACCCCAAGCUCCUGCAGGACCUUCUGAGCGACUCCAGGCACAUGUCCUACACACACUGUCUGCUGCAGAUGUGCGGCAUCUACUGCUACGUCUUCUGCGAGUUCACCAGCCUCACCGUGAUGGCGUUCGACCGCUACGUCGCCAUCUGUCGCCCGCUGCAGUACCGCGGGCUCAUGACGCGCGCCGCCGUCACUCGCCUCGUCGCUCUCACCUGGAGCUUCUCUCUGGUGGAGACCGCGGUCGGGGCCGUCCUCACCUCCCGCCUGCCGCUCUGCGGAAACCGUCUGCCCAAGUUCUUCUGCACAAACUGGGAGGUGGUGAAGCUGUCGUGCGUGGACACCACCGUCAACAACAUCUACGGCUUCCUGCUGGUGGUGUCGCACCUGCUGCAGACGGCGCUCAUCCUGGUGUCGUACGUGGGGCUGGUGAGGGCCGCGCUCAGGUCCCGCGCCGACCGCAGGAAGUUCGCGCAGACGUGUUUGCCCCACCUGGUGGCGCUGCUGAUCUUCGCCUCGUCCAUCUGCUUCGACUCCAUGUUCUCGCGUUACGGCCGCGGCGUUCCCGGGAUGCGCACGCUCAGUAACGCUCUCGCCGCGGAGUUUCUGGUCGUGCCCCCGCUCCUCAACCCCAUCAUCUACGGCAUCAAGAUGCAGCAGAUCCGAGCUCCAAUCAUGCGGCACUUCAGACCCAGAGACGAGCCGCAGAAGGUCAGACUGAGGCUCAGGGACACGGUGAGAGAAACGCGCACGAGGCAGUAG